CGACAAGGGCGCCGUGGUCUUCCCACCCACAUCCGGAUGGUACAGCUACGUGGCCGGCAUGUACGGAGAGCCGUGAGCCCUUCUGCAACUACCAUCUGGUUCUGGCUGCCCAGGAUGCCAGACCGGCGGGCGCGCGGGAUUGGCGUCGACACGGCGGCGUGAGAUGUUGACGGGGAGAGAAGGAGGCCGGCGACGCCGUCGCAGGGAGAGGAUUGUGCGGGCGGAGCUGUGGCGUGGAGGAGAGAUGGCGGGGCAACGCCCUGGCGGGGAGAGGAAGGGUCGGGCGACGCCGUCGAUGGGAGGGGCGCCAUCGACUGGAGUGGCUAUGAGGGGGAGAGAGUGAGAGGAACUAGCCGAUGUCCUGUGCAUCGAGGAUAAGCAUGCUUUUUUAGGGGAUAAGACUUUUUUUAGGAGGGGGCAAGGCUGUGUGGGUGGAAAAAAUAGUUCGUUGUUCCACUCUUGUUUAUAUAUGUUUAAUAUUAAUAUAUAAAAUAUUUUUAUACAAAAACGCAAAAAAUCUAAACACAGGAAUUUUGCAAUAGAUCCGAACGGAUCCUUUGCCAUCGGAUCUGAAUCCUAUGUUGGUUGUACGUCCGCUCGAACUGCCUUUUUAUUCCUUGUUUGCUUAUGUCCCCACUAAUCCAGUGAUCGCCCACACUCCCGCCAAAUCCCUUGAUUGCCCGCACUCCUGAUUUUUUAAUGACUGAUGGCGGAAAACAAAGGUGGGGAUUGAGAAAAAUAUGUCGCGAACAAGGGUAAUAGUACCCACGAUCCAUCAGACUGCAAUUGGAGGGCACAACCAUCUCAGCCAACUUAACUUUCAGUUUGUUCACCGCUUGUGCUUUUCGUAAUUGGGAGUCUCCAAGUUUUGAUUCAAUUUAUUAGAAUGAUUGCUACUAUCUGCUUGAUGAAUGGAAUGUGAAGAUUAUAUAAAACAGUAGGAUUUUCAGUUUGUAUGCCCGUCCAGUAACUGAGUUUUUACAGGUUUCAUGAUACAGUAAUUGUGCAAAUGUGUUAUACUUUCUAAUUACUUUUGCAGUGCCAUUUAAUUGUUAAAUUUUCUAUUGGGCAUGCUUCUCAGAUCCAAGGCAUGGAGAACUCCAAGGAGUUUGCUGACAAGCUGUUCUGGAUAUGUCGAGGCAGAGGAACAUUGAGCCGGAUGAAGGCAUUAACAAGGAUCGGCUCAGAGAGGUGGAACAUGAACAUUGAUGGGAUGCUCACAGAAGAUGAGGUCAAGAAGGUGGCUACGCAAAUGAUCACAGAGAAGACUACUGCUGGGCCUUUUGAUCGACCAUGCCAUUCAAAAAGCUCUUUAGUGCAGUUUGCAACAACAAAAAUCAGAGGAUUGGUCGUUUGUAAGGGUGGAUAUCUCAGAGGUGGCUGCCACCCGGAUUGGAAUUUAAUUCAAUCUAUUUCCCUUUCUGAAGUUUCAUACUAGAUGUAUGUUCCUGUGAUAUGAUUUGUUUAUGGAGAUGGAGAGAUGUGACUUUCA